CACAAACAUUUACUUUGACCUUUAAUGGUUUACUUUUACAAAUUGUGACUUGGAUUGAGAGUUGUCUCAUUGGCAAUCAUACCACAUCUUCUUAUAUCUACUUUGUUGUGUUUCUAUAUCAUUAUUUGGCUAUUCAAGGAUAAAUUCAAAUGUUUUACAGUAUAUUAUUUCUAUCUUUAACUUCCAUGUACAAUGGCCAGUUACUUAACAAUAUUCAAACUGGUGGAGACACGCCUGUGACUGACAAGAAAUACCUCCAACUGUUCACAUUAAUUCUCGACGAAAUGUCGAGACGUUUUGAAUUGGAAACAUUAAUAAAUCAGCUCCAACAUAACGUGUCUGUCCUGAAGCAGGAUGACCAAACAUUAAAGACGUCUUGGCAAAUACCAUUAUCAAAGUUGACUAAUAAAACAGUUGAAAUGAUAUACAGUGUCAACAGAUUAAAGGAGGACCAUAUCUCACUAAAUGCUAGCACCAUCCAAGUAAAACUUGCACAGAAACAGACGUCUGAUAGUCUUCAAAACAUGUCAUCAAUAGGAAACCAGCUUAAUAUUGUGAAACAGAAAUUACAUUGGCUUACAAAUAUAACCGAAACAAUUAAAGAGGGAAACUCCAAUUUGUCAAUGGUUCGUCAAGAUAUCGGUAGGAAACAUGAUGAACUGAUAUUUCUAAUUAACAAUCUUACAACAGAACGAAAUAACGCAUCUACCAAAUGGAGGCAAUCUACUGAUGAUUCGGAUAUUAAAGUUCUUCAAGAUGACAUGAGAAAGAUACAGACUCAACUGAAAACCAUAAUAACCGAAAUUGACAGCUUUAGCAAAACGCAGAUGCAGUCAAAGAAUUUAUCAAACAAACUUCCUGUGCUUGAUAGAAGUUAUAAUGGCUUAUUUACCCGACUUAACCAGGCUGGUGAACACCAAGAGGUUGCUAAUGCGAAUUUUAUGGAGAAAGUGGCAAAUAUCAACAAAAAAGUUGCUGUGACAUCAUGUGCAGACCCACGGAAUACGGCAGGCAUUGUAACAUUCCCAUUUAUUAAGUCAUCAGUAGGAAUAACAGACCUAAACCGCUUUCGAUAUUCAGGAAUUUUUCAUUGUGAAUCUCCAGGGUUAUACAUAGUAUCUGCGUACAUGGUGUCAUCUACAAGUCAUGCAUCUUAUCGUGUGUACAAAAACUCACAUCUAUUAACAGAUGUACAUAUAAAAGGAAAUUCAAAUGGAACUUUUGAUUAUGGAACAGGAACAGCACUACAAGCAGUUGAUCUUAAAAUAGAUGAUACAUUGACAGUUGAACUCGACAAUAACGUGGCCAUAGAAGGUGCCUCAUUGUCAUGUAUGACAAUAAUUAAAAUUGUAUAG